AUGGAGGAGCUGCACAAGCGGCUUCCAGGCGAUUCACAUGGUGUACUCAACAACUUAGACCCACAGAGGUUUUCGUCCCAAAUUCCAGCGCCAUUUUCUGGUCGAAGACGAAAUAGCACUGCUUCAGCCAUUGGUGGACCAGGUCUAACAGAUCUAAUCAACCGUAGCUUGGCCAAAACAAAGCCGGAAAACACACGAAGACCCUACACAGACUCCCGAAAAAGCCUGCUGUCAGAAUCUAGAAAAAGUCUACGGUCUUCUCAAAGAACGUCUCUACUGCACAGCAACGGCAUCAACAUCAACAAUACUACCACAAACACCAACAACAAGGAUCCCAGACCUCUGCGAGACAGAAAUUUUCAGACUAUCAUCCAGCAGGAAAUCUUUGACUAUUUGCAGGCGCAGAAAUUCGAUGUCCAAGCAAACCAUCCCAUAUCGCUCAAGGCCCUGCGACAGCCUACUCAAAAAGACUUCGUUUUCAUUUUUAGGUGGCUCUACCAGAGAAUGGAUCCAGGUUACAAAUUUAGUAGAUCCAUAGAGCACGAAGUCUACGCAAUUCUGAGAACUAUCCAAUACCCUUACUUGGAAACCAUAAACAAGUCGCAGAUCUCAGCGGUGGGGGGUUCCAGUUGGCCCAAAUUCCUCGGUAUGUUACACUGGCUCGUUAAUACCAACAAGAGACUCGACGCGUAUCUACAAAAGGUGGAUCUGUCUCUAAUUAGCCAAAAUACUCAGGACCUGACAGUGCUGCGACAGCCUAUCGGUACAGUUGAUGAGCAAGAGGACAAGCAAGAAAAAUACGAGCUCAUAGUAGAACGUCUGUUCAUCGACUACAUAGUGCAGUCAUACAAAAGCUUCUUGAAGCUAGACGACGAUUACGAGGCUUACAUGAAGGAGCUAGUCUUGGGCUUUGAGAAAUUUGCUCAGGUUAUUAGAACUGACAUCAACAACAUAGCUAUGACCAACAGUGAUUUAUCAGUCAGGUACCACGACCUGAUAGAGAAAGGUAAAGAGGUUAAAUCGGCCAAGGACAAGUUCGAUGCUUUGCAAAGCGAUUUGACAAAGUUUCAGAACUAUGUAAGUGCAAUGCAACACAAGAGCCAGGAAUGGCCGAGAAAGUUGGAGAAAAUGGAAAUGGAGAAACAACUGAAAGCUGAACAGCUCAAACAGACCGAAAAUGAUAUUUCAGGGUUGCGCGACCUGAUAAAGGGCAAGAGCAUGGAGAUCGCUGAGAUCGACAAGCACAACGCAGAGCGCGAAAGACUAACAAGAGCCUUGGAUACAAUAUCAAGCCAACUGGACCAGGCAGUUAGCUCUGUGAAAACACAGAGGCUAGAGACAGAGGGGGCAUACAGAACCUUGGUAGAUGCGAGUAAUCAGUAUCAGACAGCAACCGAGAGCCUUACAACAGCACGUUCGAAUGUGGGCCACGAUAUAGGUGACAUUCUCCAGAAGCUUUCCCUGCCACCAAAAUUUAUUCAAGAUUACGAAGUUGGACACCACGAGUUGCAAUUCGAUGUUCCAGAGAGCCCACGUCUCCGAGAGACGGUUAUGCCCGUACUUUUAGAACUCAACACCUCAAUACAGAACCAAAUACAGGAUCUGCAGCUGGAAAACUCAUCUUAUGAUGCUCAUUUGGAGCGCAUCAGAUUGGAAAUUAACGAAAAGACUAAAGCUCUUGAGUCAUUAGAACAUGAACUUUCUUCGGCAAAAUCUCAGUACGAUGGUUAUAAGCAAGAGAGUCAUAGUCGGCUUUUGUCUCAGCGCAUAGAGAUUGAAAAAAUGGAAAGAAAACUUCAGAACACAAAGCAUUCAUCCCACCAGAAAAUUGUUCAAGCAGAGCAAGACGUUCAAAACACGAAACUUCAGUAUGAAGAACUAAAGCUGGCAGUAAAUCGGGAAAAGAACAACUUAUAUGCCAAGGUCAUUAAUGUCAUUGAGUUUGUUAGCACGUUCAAAAUAAACGUUCAAUCAUCGGUUGAAGAUUUGGAGUUUCUCACAGCGGAGGAGCUUCGGAAAGUGAAGUCAGGAUAA